GUUUUUCUUCAAAUUAUAUUUCAUCUGUUCCAGUCACACACAAAAAAAAGGACACAAAACAUGGAUGCAUUAAGGAAGCCUAAUGCUGCAAAUUCAAGCCCUCUAACACCUCUUGGUUUCCUAGAAAGAGCAGCCAUCAUAUACGAUGACUCUCCUUCAAUCGUAUACAACGAUCUGACUUACACAUGGUCAGAUACGUAUCGUCGUUGUCUACAAUUAGCUUCAUCCAUCUCUCGUCUCGCUAUAGGAAAAGGUGACGUUGUUUCAGUACUUGCACCAAACAUCCCUGCCACUUAUGAGCUUCAUUUUGCAGCCACAAUGACUGGGGCCGUGUUCAACACAAUCAAUACACGUUUAGAUGCACGUAACGUGUCAACUCUUCUUGUUCAUAGCGAAUCCAAGCUAGUUUUCGUUGACUACCAGCUCAUUCCUCUUAUCCAAGAAGCGGUUUCUUUACUCUCGGAUAAAUGUCCUUGUCCACUACUCGUGGUUAUAACAGAUGAUGCAGCUGCAUCAUUUAGUACUACUAUGGAUUAUAAUUUCUUCAUUAGUACAUAUGAAACCAUGGUGGAAGCCGGUGAUCCUGGAUUCAUUUGGGCCCGGCCCAAAAGUGAUUGGGAUCCAUUAACAUUGACUUACACUUCUGGGACAACCUCGGCUCCAAAAGGCGUCGUCCAUAGCCACCGUGGGACGUUUAUUGGAACCAUGAGUUCUCUUCUAGACUGGUUUGUACCUAAACAACCUGUCUUUUUAUGGACACUGCCAAUGUUUCAUGUAAGCGGUUGGAACUAUGUCUGGGGUAUGGCUGCAGUUGGAGGCACAAAUGUCUGUCUACGCAAAUUCGAUGCAUCUGUUAUUUACAAUUCCAUUUAUAAAUUUCAUGUGACACACAUGUGUGGCGCCCCAAUUGUGCUUAAUAUGUUGACAAAAGUUAAUCCUCUUUGUCACAAAGUUCAUAUUUUGACAAGUGGGGCGCCACCUCCACCUGCUGUUCUGUUAAAAAUUGAGUCACUUGGAUUUGAAGUGACUCAUUUUUAUGGAAUGACUGAAGCAGGUGGACCGGCUACCGCUUGUACAUGGAAGGAAAAAUGGAAUAAAUUUCCAGCGUCCGAAAGAGCUAAACUUAAGGCAAGACAAGGAGUUCGAACAGUUGGGAUGGCUGAUGUGUAUGUGGUAGAUUCCGAGUCAGGGUUGAGUGUGAAACGGGACGGGUUGACUCAAGGAGAGAUAGUGAUUAAAGGCGGGUGUAUAAUGUCCGGUUACUUAAAAGAUCCAGAAGCAGCCGCGACAUGUAUAAAAAACGGGUGGUUUUAUACAGGGGAUGUGGGCGUUAUGCACCCGGAUGGGUAUUUGGAAAUUAAGGACAGGUCAAAAGAUGUGAUUAUAAGUGGUGGAGAGAAUAUUAGUAGUGUGGAGGUCGAGUCAGUUUUGUACUCGCAUCCGGCUGUGAAUGAGGCUGCAGUCGUGGGACGACCUGAUGAGUACUGGGGUGAAACGCCGUGUGCUUUUGUUAGUCUGAAAGAUGCCGAAGGGAAGCCACGGCCCACGGGCGAGGAGAUAAUGAAGUUUUGUAAAGGUAAGCUGCCCGGAUACAUGGUGCCAAAAUCAGUUGUUUUUAAGGAUGAGCUUCCAAAAACAUCCACAGGCAAGAUUCAGAAAAAUGUCCUAAGGGAAAUUGCCAGAAGUAUGGGAUUUUCGGGAAAAAGUCGAAUCUAAAUAAAAAGUAUAUAAAUAAUAUAUUUACUUUAGUUUAAAUAAAAGUAUAAAUGAAGGCUAAGUUUUUUCCCCCUCAUAUCUAC